AAAUAGAAUGAUCAGUCAAAAAUCUCUGCAGAUGUUAGUUUAAAUUAUAGGAUUGCAGGAUGAAGUCAGUGAAAGAUUUGAGAUCUCUCAGCUGGAUAAGUGUGGAUUCAUCCUCCAUCACAGAAGACCUGUUGAUGAACGACAGUGGAUUUUUCGCAGUGGAGCACGAUGACUGUAGGCAAAGCGGAUGGUCCGGUAGGACAAGGUCUACAAGUCCCGACACUGACAACAACCCCUCUCCAUUUGCACCGACCACGUGGAGUAUUGGAGCGUCUAGCAGCAACAAUGGCGGGAACGCCACCACCUGUCGUUAUGUGGCCAGUCCAUUUGCGUUUGGGAUGCCAUGGGAGACCAUAGAAGACUUGCAAGUCUCCCACAGUGAAGGGACCAGUAGGUCUGCCUUCUCCUCCACCUCAUCCUCUUCAUCGUCUCCCACGAGAUUUCAGGACCUCGGAUUUCCUUCCCAUCCACCGGUGUUCCCUGAAAAGGAAGAACCGUUUGACUGUGCCACAUCUACACCACUGGAACCCGACAGUCAGCCACCACCAGAGUACAUCAACCUGAUGAAGGCCUAUCAUGAGUGGAAUAGAUACAAGCAGAGGAAAUCUUCUAACUGCCACAAAACGCUUACCAUUCCAAAGCCGUUCCACAUUGAGGAGGAAAAAGAAAAAGGGUGCGUCUUGUGCAAGAAGAACUGCAAACCCCGUUCCUUCUACUCCACCCAUGUGCUGAAGGACAACAACGGAGUGGUCAUUUGUCCAAUUCUUCGGGAUUUCACCUGUCCCAGGUGUGGUGCUACAGGAGACGUUGCACACACUCUCCGCCAUUGUCCCAUAGCCAGGAUGCAAAACCACAUAUAAAUGGGACAUGUAAAAUUUGCACUAUGGAGGAGCAAUAUGUAAAGAGAAGUGAUGUAGAUGUGUUCAUAUUUUAUCAAUGUAGGCUAGUCAUAGUGAUGAUAUAACGUUAAAAGUGUCUCAGGAACAGUCUCGGGGGAACUUUUUUUUACUUGCUGUAAUGCAUAUAAAUUGGAUCUUUUUUUGUAGAACAUGUGCCUUUUUCUUUUUAAUAUAAAUACCUUUUAAAAAAUUCAUAGUAGUAAUAUAAAAUAGAAAUUUUGUGAUUUAUUGCUCAAAUUGUUACUGUAUCUAAUAAAAUUUUAUAAUAA